GGAAAAAAUAAAAAAUAAAAACAGAGAAAAAAAAUCGAGAGAGGGAGAGAGAAUGGUGUUAAAUACAUAAAAAACCCAUCAUUGACAUGUAUCGAUUGCUCAAUUUGUUUGUCUCUCUCUUCUUCUUUCCUUUUCUCCAAAAACUAGAGCCUAAACUAAAGCAUCGAGAAACAACAAAUCUUAAAAUCUUUUCAUAUUCUCGGUUAGUAGAAACUAGGAAAAGAGAUGAAUAGAGGAGUGUUGGAGAGUUCGCCGGUUCAACAUCUCACGGCGGCUGGAAACCCUAAUUGGUGGAAUAAUGUCAGCCGCGGCUUGAGGCCACCAACGCCGUUGAUGAGUCACGAGCCGCCGUCUACCACCGCUUUUAUUCCAAGUCUCUUGCCAAACUUCUUCUCUUCUCCGACUUCCUCUUCAUCUUCUUCACCUUCUUUCCCUCCUCCUAAUAGUAACCCUAACUUCUCUUCUUGGCUUGAAAUGAGUGAUCUGCCUCUUGAUCAGCCAUGGAGCCUUAGUCAACUCCUCUUGGGUGGAUUGAUGAUGGGAGAGGAAGAGAAAAUGGAGAUGAUGAACCAUCAUCAUCAUCAAAAUCAACACCAAAGUUACCAAGCGAAGAGGAUACAAAAUUGGGAAGAACAAGUUUUGAGGCACCAAGCUUCCAUGAAACAAGAGAGUAGUAAUAAUAAUAGUUAUGGAAUAAUGUCCUCACCAAACUCACCUCCAAACAAAUCUUGUGCUACAAUUAUCAACACCAAUGAAGACAACAACAAUAACAUUCACAGUGGUCUUAACUUGUCCGAGUGUAAUAGCUCAGAGAUGAUUGGGUCUUCUUUUGCUAAUAAGAAACCAAAACUUCAAGUUCCUUCAUCACAAUCAACUCUCAAGGUGAGAAAGGAGAAACUUGGAGGCAGAAUAGCAUCUCUUCACCAGCUAGUAUCUCCCUUUGGCAAGACUGACACAGCCUCUGUCUUGUCGGAGGCUAUUGGAUACAUUAGAUUCCUCCACAGUCAAAUUGAGGCUUUAAGUCUACCAUACUUUGGUACUCCCUCGAGGAACAAUAUGAUGCACCAACAUGCACAAAGAAAUAUGAAUGGUAUAUUUCCUGAGGACCCUGGUCAGGUACGCACAUAUAUUUUUUUACUUUCUAGUUUUAUAUACUUUACUUUUUAUUGGAUCAACUAAACCCAAAUCUCAAUUUAAAAAAAAUAAAUACUUGCCAGCUUUAUUCCAAAACAAUUACCCUUUUUCUCUACUAUUGUUCUCUUGAAAUUGAAAUGACUACGAUAAAGUAUGGUCAAUAAAAUAAAAAGAUGACAUUACCAACUUUCCUUUUCAGUCCUCUAUUAAACCUAGAAAAGCCAUUUAAAUGAUUUAUUAUAUUUAUUUUCCUCAAUCAGAGUAGCUUUGGUCACAAAAGUUUUUUUGGCAAAUGAUCGAUCUAAAUCAACUUUUCCAACCAAGAUAUCACGAUUCACCUGUCCCACAAAUGGUUUUAUAUUUUGUGACUACUUGUGAGUUUGAAAUUAACUCUGACUCAAAAUUUUAGCAAUAUUUUUCAAAGCAAAAUUUAUCGCUUUUCAAAUUCAGAAAAUUAAAUACAAAAUACUCACACUCAAAGGUAUUAAACCCGCGGAUUGGUGCACAAAACAGUAAAUAUUCAUUUUUUGGUUGCAAAACAGUAAAUAUUCAUGAAACUGGCAUAGGUUAUUUUAUCCAUAUAUCAUUUACAUGUAAUACAGGCCGACCCACCGCAAAAGAAUUUGGGCUGUUGCGAAGUAGGCCAACCCGUUUUGUCACCAAUACUCCCACUAGAUCACACUUUCAAUAUUAUUUUAAAUAUCUAUGCUGAAGAAAUAUUUUCUGAUUUGGUUAAUCAGCUUGUGAAUGAGUAUUGCAUGAAAAGAGGAGUUUCAUUGUCAUCGACGGACAAUCAAAAAUCAAAUCCUAACGAAGAACCGAUGAAAGAUUUGAGAAGUAGAGGGCUUUGUCUUGUUCCCAUCUCAUGCACACUACAAGUUGGCAGCGACAAUGGUGCCGACUAUUGGGCUCCGGCGUUCGGAACCACUCUCCAGUGAACUAUUCACUUUCUGUUAUUUUAUUUUUGGUCAGCCAAAAAAAAAUAGUAGAUGUUAUAACAUCAUGAGCAACCAAUCAAUUGAGAAAACAUCAAAAUGAGUUUCCAAAUUUGAUUGCUCAUGAUGCUAUACUAAAACCGAUUGGUUUUGGCGUUUGGCCUUUGAGCAUUUUCAGUUGACGAGUAUGAGAUGGCUUGUUGAAUCAUGUUUUUCUUACUUUAAUAGGAAACUUUAUUUAUUCUCUUAAUGUAUAUGUUGGUUCUAUUUUAAUUUUAUUAUUGUUAUAAUAGAAUGGUUAAACAGUUAAAGAUGUUUUCAUACUAACUUCAUCACUAGGUUUAAUCGUUUAAGAUGUUUUAAAGAAGC